UGCACUGAGUGAAGUGAAGCCUAGGUCAUAUAGAAGUCAAAACAAAUACAAAUACAUUUUGUAUUUCACUACAUAAACGUAGUAUAUAGUUUCAAUCUGACCAAAUGUUUGUCACGUUCUCCUUGUUGCCUCGAAGUAAAACUGGUGCUGCGCCAAUUAUGAUCUAGCUAGCCUAUAGAUCAUGUGCACUGGGACACUAACGACUCGACAAAUUACAGAGUAAGUGGUCGGGGCUUGCUCGAGCUUUCUGCAGACGACCCCCCAGCAACUUGACGCACGCACGCAAGCUCGGCACGCUCGCUCACUGACAGAACACUGCCCCAUGGACAGGCGCGAGCUCUCCGUGCCGCUGAUGGCAGGAGGGGAGGCAGGCUAGCAUGGCUCGCAAAGGACUGUCUGUCGUCGCCCGUUUUCUAGCAAUAUUCGAGCACUUUUGGUGACACGCUGGACUCGCCGUUGGAUGUAUAUGCAUUCUGCGGAGAUCAGUCCAUCUCUCUUGUUUCCAUUGUAGUCUUCCGUGUUCUAUUUCCAGGUCAAAAUCUUGGGUUUCCUGUGCGGCUUGUUUGUACUAAAAAUGGCCGGAGAUGGAGCCGCUCUGAAGGAUAUCAAUGAGAUUAAAUCCCAGUUCAGGACUAGAGAGGGAUUCUACAAGCUGUUGACCCUCUCCGACUCUCAACAGCGUGGCGGACUAUCUCGGGGUCCGUCCGCAGGUGCCACGGUGGGCCCCGGGGGCGGACCGGGUUCGAUACCCGGCGGUGGGGUAGGUCUGGUGCAGGGGCCCGGAGCUGCCUCCUCCUCCAAUGCCGCAGCCAACUCCUCUCCGGCGGGCUUCCUUCCCCCGGUCCGGGUCUCCAUGGUGAAGCUCCAACCGGAGGACCCGAGCGAGGAGUCUGAGCGAGUGUGCUUCAACAUCGGCCGAGAGCUCUAUUUUUACACGUACACGAACAUUAAGAAGGCGGUAGACCUCAGUAAGCCGAUAGACAAGCGCAUCUAUAAGGGGACGCAGCCCACCUGUCAUGACUUCAACCAGUACUCGGCCACGGCGGACAGCGUGGCCCUGAUCGUGGGCUUCUCAGCCGGACAGGUCCAGUACCUGGACCCCAUCAAGAAGGAGACCAGCAAGCUCUUCAACGAGGAGAGGUUAAUAGACAAGUCCAAGGUGACCUGUCUGAAGUGGCUCCCUAAGUCAGACAGCCUGUUCCUGGCGUCCCACGCCAGCGGCCACCUGUACCUCUACAACGUUGAGCACCCCUGUGGCACGGCCCCGCCCCAGUACUCCCUGCUGCGGCAGGGCGAGGGCUUCGCCGUGUACUCCUGCAAGACCAAGACCCCCCGCAACCCGCUGCUGCGCUGGGCCGUGGGCCAGGGGGGCCUCAACGAGUUCUCCUUCUCCCCGGACGGCGUGCACGUGGCCUGUGUGGGACAGGACGGCUGCCUGCGCGUCUUCCACUUUGACUCCAUGGAGCUGCAGGGCGUGAUGAAGAGCUACUUCGGCGGGCUGCUCUGUGUCUCCUGGAGCCCCGAUGGGAAGUACCUGGCCACGGGCGGAGAGGACGACCUGGUCACCGUCUGGUCGUUCGUUGAGAGCCGCGUGGUGGCGCGGGGCCACGGCCACAAGUCCUGGGUCAACGUGGUGGCCUUCGACCCCUUCACCACCAGCGUGGAGGACGAGGAGCCCAUGGAGAUGAGCGGUAGCGAGGAGGACCUCCAGGGGGCGCCGCCUCCCCCGCCCCCCGUCCACUUCGGGAGGGUUCGCACCAGCAGCACGCUGUCCCGUCUCUCACGCCUCUCCCGGCACAGCUCACGGGGUGGCGGGUCGCCGGCGGUGACGUACCGGUUUGGCUCUGUGGGGCAGGACACCCAGUUCUGCCUGUGGGACCUGACGGACGACGUGCUGUAUCCCCGCCUGCCGCUGUCCCGCGCCCUCACCAACACCUUCGGCUCCGCCCUGGCGCCCUCGGGGAGCGGGGGGCUCUGCAAUGCCGGGACAGGGGGGGUGGAGGGGCACCAUCACCCCACCACCACCACCACCACCACCUCCUCUAACCCCCACCAGCCCCCCACCCUGCCCCUGCCCUUGCCCCGCUCCCUGUCCCGGUCCAACUCCCUCCCCCACCCCGCUGUGGCCAACGUCUCCAAGGGCGCUGGGGCCACGGAAGGAGGGGGUGGAGGAGGAGGGGGCGGAGGAGGAGGAGGAGGGGGGGGCGGGGGAGGAGGGGCAAACAGCACCCCGUUCAGCAUCGGCCGCUUUGCCACACUGUCGCUGCAGGAGCGCAAGUCGGACAAGUCCGGGGCGGGCGGGGGCCACGGGGGUGUGGCCGGAGCUGAGAAGGAGCACAAGCGCUACCACAGCCUGGGCAACAUCAGCAAGAGCAACGACAAGAUCAACGUGGCUCCUCGCAGCGCCCGCCUGGACGCCGCCAAGGUGCUGGGCACCACGCUGUGCCCCCGCAUGCACGAGGUGCCCCUGCUGGAGCCGCUGGUCUGUAAGAAGAUCGCCCACGAGAGGCUCACCGUCCUGGUCUUCAUGGACGACUGCAUCAUCACAGCCUGUCAGGAGGGCCUCAUCUGUACCUGGGCGCGGCCCGGGAAGGCGAACUUGACAGCACAGAAUGGGAACUCUCCCAGUGGAACUGUAGUAUAGCUGUGGGCCCAGCUUUGCCCUCAUCCUUGACCCUGCCCCCCCCCCCCCCCACCUCUGUCAAAAGUGGGAGGGACUGAACUUCACCCCCCACCUACCCUCCUUGCCAUAACAGUAUUGCACCCCUGAUGUAACACAUGAACCCCCUUGCCGCCCUCACCCUAGCCAAAACCUCCUCGAGCACCUCUGAGGAUGAACUACGUAUAGUAACAUGUAUGGACCGCAUUACCCAGAAGCCUUGAGGAGGACACACUUCCCCCAUCUCCCCUCGGCCAAACACUGCAAAAGCCACGGCUGGUCUAUUUUAUUUAUUUAUUUUAUCACAGGAACUGUAGUAAUUUAUAUUGUAAAUAGUGAGAAUACUGUAUAAAGACUAAAGUGUAUCUUGAGUAUUGACUCAACCAACCAGUGAAGAAAAAUUCAAAGAUCAAUAUAAAUACGUGAAGAUCCUACUUAUAUUAUACAUGGCAUCAUGGUGGGUUGUAUAUCUGCGGUUAAGGACGCCAAGAUGGUGACAAUGACGUGCCAUUUUUGUGUGAUCAUUUCUCCGUUUGUCACAUCCCAAACGAACAUCAUUUUGGUUUUGUCACAAAGACUUCCUGUUUGGGUCAUGAAGAAGGAUGACUAAUGAGUAGUAGGAUAUGAGAGGGAGAGAGAGAGGAGGGGUAAAGAGAGAGAGAAGGGAGGGAGAGAGAGGAGGGAGAGUGUGGAA